UUAUUAGAGCUAUACCUUUUGGUCUUCUUUGGUCAAAAAGAGAUUCACCGGAGAGAAGGCAAUCAAGGGAAAGGAAUAAUUUCAAUAUUGUUUUCAGUUCCACGCUCAUAGUACAUAUACAGAGAGUAUCAGAUUCCUCUAGGAGUGACAUUUUAUGCUGAUUUGAAUGAUACCCAAUUCAGAAAAGUUAUUGAAAUUUCAUUUGGACCAAAAAAGGAAGAACGAGGAAGACAAUUUAAUCGAUCUUUUUGAAGAUGAGGGCGUUAGAGUGGCUAAGACCUGUUGUAGAGACAAUGGCAUGGGACUACUGCAUUGUUUGGCAAUUUGGUGAUGAUCCUUCUAGGUACAUUGAGUGGACUGGUUGUUGUUGCAAUGGUAGCCGAGGUGUUUGUAGAAAUGUCAAAGAGGAAAUUGAUGCAACAAAGCAACAUUUUCCUCAAUUAUGCAGAGAUACUUACAUCAAACACUCUUUGAAGACAAAAGCUUGCGAGAAACUAGCUAAGAUUCCUUUUCAUUUGCCACUCUAUUCUGGGAUCCAUGGAGAAGUUGCAAUGUCGGCUCAACCAGCUUGGAUUCAUGAUACUUUUGGAACCCAAGUUUUGAUUCCUGUUAAUGGUGGUCUGAUUGAGCUCUACACAUCCAAACAAGUCCCGAGAGAUGAAAUCGUGAUAGAAUUGCUUACGACACAAUUCAAUACCUUUUCUGCACAACACAUUUUGAACCCAAAAAUUGAAGCAUCACCAAAUGUUUCAUACCCAUGGAGUGAACAUUCAUCACUUGUUUCAGUGGAUUCAACUCAAGUUUCACCUACUCAAUCAGAUGUUAAUCAACCAAUAAACCUGUUGGGCUAUGAUAUUUCUGGGGAAGCAAAAGAAUACGCAAAAACUAAACAGAAAACUGGGAAAAAACAUCACCAAUCAAAUAGUCUUAUGGCUGAAAGGAACCGAAGAAACCGAAUCAAAGAUGGUCUCUUUGCUCUACGCGCUUUAGUCCCCAAGAUCUCAAAGAUGGAUAGAGCUUCCAUAGUUGGAGAUGCAAUCGAGUAUAUAAAAGAGCUGCAAAAGAAUGUUCAAGAACUUGAAGAUGAACUUAAGGGAUUAGAAGAAGAUGAUUUAAAAUCUCACGAAGACGAAGUAGAGGUCUGUAAACAAAAAAGAGCAAAUCAACCCUCGCCUGUUAAAAAAGGGCAUACUAAAACCGAGGUGAAAGUGGAAGUACAUCAAAUUGGGGCUAAAGAAUUUUUGGUUAAAAUUGUUUGUGGUAAAAAACGAGGGGGGUUUUCGAGGACUAUGGAGAUUGUUGACUCGUUGAGACUUGAAGUAGUUGAUAUCCACGUCACCACUUGUAAUGGCCAUGUCUUGAACAUUCUGAAAGUAGAGGUAAAAGGAAAAGAGGUUGCAGCUGAGAAUUUGAAAGAUUCAUUGCUAAAGGAAUUGGGUGUCUUGUAUGCUUAUUAAGUCAAGGAUGAGUUAAUAGUUUAGAAUCAUAUUGUGUUAAAGUAUUUGAAUAGUAUUAUUAGUAUAAAUGAGAGUUGUAGAAAGCACAAACCGAAUAAUAUUUUAGCUUUAUUGGAAGAAAAUGAUUAUCAUGUUUA